CUUUUUUUAUUCUUUUCUCCCUUGAAUCCAAUCCAACUUCCUCCUCUUCUUCUUGAGUCAGCCCCGGUCAUUGGAAGGCCUUUUAAGGUCCUGAUCAGCGUGAAGGACCUGAAAAAGGGCGUCCAAUGGGGGUGAUGGAGGAAGGAGCGGGGGGUUCCAAACCAUCAAUGACAUAUGUGCAGGCAGACACAAGCAAUUUCCGGGAGGUUGUUCAACGCCUGACGGGCCCUUCACACACCGAUAAUGAUCAAGGUGGGGGGGCAGCGGCCAAGGGAGUGGUGGGUGUGAAAAGGCCGGCGUUCAAGCUCCAUGAGAGGAGGCAGUACACGAGGACAAAGCUGGAGAUAGUGAAACCUCCCUCACCUGAUUUUCAUGUUGAUCAUCAUCAUCAGCAGCAGCAGCAGCUGAACUUCUCCCCUUACCCUUCCCCUUCCAGUCAUGUUGAUUUUCAUGUUGUACGAAGCCCUCUAGGCACGCCGUCUUCGAUUUUCUCUAGGCUGUCGAUAGUGGAAGAGGAAGAGGAAGAUGCAGGGAUGGUGCCGGUUUUGAACAGGGAAGAGGAAGAGAAGGCGAUAAGAGAGAGGCGGUUUUAUCUGCAUCCUUCGCCCAGGUCUAAACCAGGAUUCACUGAACCCGAGUUGCUUACCUUGUUUCCUCUGACCUCCCCCAAAACAAGCGAUGGAUCUUGAGGGUUUUUACGCCGUUGUUUCAACUUUCAACCCAAUGUAGGAAUGUUGUGUAAGUGAUGAACAAAGUGUCAGCUAUUGUACUAUUACUAAUUCAUUUCCAGUGUGAUUUUGAUUCCAUUUAAUGCAACAUGCCUUCACGUUAA